AGAGAGCAAGAACGUGAACCGAGAAAUGGCUGAAACCCUAAUCGAAAACCACCAAGAAGCGGACUACUCGUACGAGCUCGAGGAAGAAGAGGACAUCGAUCUCUCACUCCUCCGUCUCAACAGUUUCGGCAGCUCCUCCUCCGAUCGCCGUCGAUCUAACUCUUCUCCUCCGAAGUUCCACUCGAGCGGCGGAUCUCUCAGCUCCUCCCCCUAUGCCGCCGUAUCCGUCGGAAGUCCCGGUAAACGCCCCUCUCCAGAGUCCAAAGAUUCCGACGGGCCUCUCCGCAAGAAACAUUUUCUCCGGCCGGCGGAAGACGAUGCGAACCCUAAUCUCCAGGGUUAUACGAAGAUUUCGCUUCCUAUUGAUCUCAGCCCGAACCGGACCCGUUCACCUCUUCUCUUCAGGCGAUCCCUUUCGGAUUCGUUUGCUUCGUCCGGUCAUGCUAGACCAGUCGCCCAAGAAGCGUCACCUUCGGGUAAUGUCGCUCCUCCACUCCCUCCACGGCCACCGUUGUUCCGGAGGUCCGUCUCGGAUAUCACUCCGGCGCCGGCGAAGACUUUUCGGGGGUCUUCCAGCUCCGUUGCUAUCCCAGAAGCUGAUCUUGGGAAGAUGGGAACCUCCGAAGCUGAUAAGAUGUUGUUGGUUAUAAAGGAUGGAGCGCAGGAGUUGGAUCAAUGGUGUAACAAGCUCCUUCGGUACAGGCAAGCAGCUUCUUCCUCCGAGAAGCAAAACGAUGAUCCCAAGGGGGCAGAUGAAACGGAAGAACUGAGGUGUGAAGAGUUCAAGGAAGGAGUGAAGGUAGACAGGGUCGGGGAGGCUUUUGUGGUUGAAAUCAACUGCCCUUGCAGCAAAUCCUACCGCGUUCUGUUCUCCGGCCGCGACUGCUACUACAAGCUCCUCUAGAUACACACGUUGUUCCUCCGUCAUCAUCGGAAUAUGCUCUCUCCCAGAUAAGACGGGCUGUUUGAUCGUUUCGCGAUUUGUUGGUUUGUCCUCAUAUGGGUCACUACAAAGCAUCUUCAUACGAUGUCACAUUAGAACAAUGAUGUGGAGCAAACUCUGUUACAUCAAGUAUGAUCGAUCCUCUACCCAUUUUUGGAUACAUG